AUGUGGGGCGGCGUGCUGUCGCUGGUGCGGCAAGGCCUGCGGCGCCGGACGAGGCGGCGGACGACCGCGCGGGUGGUGGACGAGAGCGCGCUCGGCGAAGCCGCGGAUGCCACGGCCGUUGGCGACGUGGCGGCGCGCGGAGGUGCCCCCGCGCCCGGCGCCCAGCUGGGCAGGGCGGUCCUGGCGAUGGCGCGGGGCGCCGUGCGCCUUGACUUCGAGGGAGGCCGCGGCGCGGAGGAGGCGUGGGCGGCGGCGAGCGGGUGGCGCCCGGCACGUGCGGUCGACGAGGUCGGCCACCUCAUGGUGCGCGAGAGCCUGCGCUACGUCAUCUACGCGUGA